AUGGGUAAAGGACAAUCUCGACAGAAAUACGCUUUAAUCACCGGUGCUUCCUCUGGCAUUGGCUACUCACUCGCCAGAGAGUUUAGCAAACGAGGCUACAAAGUCUUGGCCUGUUCUCCAGCAGAGGUAAUUCACCUUCAAGACGACUUGGUCGCCAAGUACGGGGUCAUCUCCAUACCAGUUGACAUUACAAACGCAGAGGACUUGCAGAAGUUGAAAAAGAGGGUCUUGGAAGAGACAUCAGGCUAUUUGGACGUGCUUUACAACAAUGCCGGGAUUGCAUUUGGCUCAUCGUGCAUCGAGAUGGAGGAGUCCAAAUUGAACAAGCUUUUCCAAGUUAACGUGUUGGGCCACAUCAACGCCACGAGGCAAUUGGCUCCAUAUGUCAUCAACGCCAAGGGGUCGAUUGUCUACACCAGCUCGGUGGCUGCGAGAGUACCUCUCGCAUGGACGAGUGUCUAUAGUGCAACCAAGGCGGCUAUCGACGCCUACGCGCAAACUUUGCAUGGCGAAAUGGCGCCGUUUGGAGUCAAGGUCCACAGUGUCAUUACGGGAGGAGUGCAGACUGCAAUCGCGGGUAGUCAGGACCUUGCACAGUUGGCGCAAGAAAAUGAAGGUUCAAUUUAUAAUGUUGACGGCGCGUUGGAGUGCCUUAUUGCCACGAGCAGGAUGGCUAUUGAUAGUCACUGUAGCCCCGACGCAUAUGCCAAGGAUCUCGUUGCAAAAGUGACCAAAAAGCUGAACAAGUUCAACUUGUAUGGCGGAUACAUGAGCUACUUGUUGCAUUUCAUCAGCCGUUUUUUCCCGUUGUGGUUGGUUGAGUUUCUCAUCCAAAGAUUUUUUAAGCAGCAUAUUGUGUUGAAAAACGUUGCCAAGAUGGUGAAGGCAAGGGACUUGCAAAAGAAGAAAAUCUUUGAAUGA